AUACAUGAGUUGCAUCUUAUAGCAAGAAUGUAAUGGACAAGUAGUUAAGGGUAGUUUGGAUUAUUGGAUACAUAUGUGGUAUUUCGACAUUUUGUACUAAUGUUGCUAUUAUGACAUUUCGUGUGGUAUUCCAGUUUAAAUGUGGUAAUUCGUCCAAUUGUAUUGUUUGGAUAAAAACAUUUAAAUGUUGUGGUGUUUCAUUAUUUAGAGAUGGGAUGGAGUGAAAAAUAAGUUGAGAGAUGAGUUAUUUGAAAUAACUAGGAGUCGAUAAGUAUUUCAAAUAACUCACAAUGAAUUUAUUUCAAUUGUUUCGUAAACAAAAUAUCACAUUCCAUUUUAUUUCUGCCAAAUCAAAAUAACUUAGUGAAUUAUCUCAUCCAAAUGACCCGAUAAUUGGGUAGUUGUACCCAAAAAUAAACAUGUGGGGAAUUUAUGGUUGUAAUAGUUAGGUAGUUGGCUUGAAAAUUGAAAUACUAUAUAUUCGUAACAAAUACUAGUUUAGCCGGCUCCCGGGGAAUUAAUUGGAGAGUAGUUUCAAAGUCCGCGAGGGCGUGCUGGGUUCCCAACUUCCCAUACAUAUUGUGUACCAAAAGUCAGCUUCAAAGCUCCUUCGCGAAACUUCCGUCAAUUCCCGUUUCUCCACUCGAUCGCCGUCGUCGCGCAAGAUGGGUUGGUUGAGCCGGUUCCUGGCCGCGGUGGCUUUCCUAGCCGUCGGCGUCGUCUUCUCGCCGGAGACCUUCGGAUCCAAGUCGGCCCAGCAGCUCUCCACCUACCUCAAGCUCGCUCACCUCCUUGCCUUCUCCACCGCUUUCGGCGCCGCCCUCUGGGUCACCUUCAUCGGCGGCAUCAUCAUGUUCAAGAAUCUUCCGAGACAUCAAUUUGGUAACCUGCAGAGCAAGAUGUUCCCUGCUUACUUCUCGAUGGUUGGAAUUUGCUGCGCCAUAUCUGUGGCGGCUUUCGGGUACCUGAACCCCUGGCAAUCAGCAUCCACAACCGAGAGAUAUCAGCUUGGUUUUCUGCUCUCUUCCUUCGCCUUCAACCUCUGCAAUCUGUUCGUUUUCACCCCCAUGACCGUCCAGAUGAUGAAGCAAAGGCACAAGAUAGAGCGAGAAUUGAACAUUGGAGACGAAGUAGGGUGGUCAAAGAACUUGAAAGUUGCAAAGAGUGACCCAAAGCUCGCUUCCAUGAACAAGAAAUUCGGCAUGAUCCAUGGGUUUUCAUCGCUUGCUAAUAUCAUGUCCUUUGGUGGCCUUGCCAUCCAUUCUUGGUACUUGGCAGGUAAGUUGAAUCUGUAAGUCUGGAGAUUGGGGAUGAUCUUGUAUCCCAAUACCAGUGAUCUGUAAUACUAUUUGUAGUUUUGGAUGCAGACUUGUGAAAAUCUCUGCCGUUUCAAGUACUUUUUUCUCAAUUCUACCUUGUAUCAGACGAUCUUUAGACAAUCACAUUCCUCUGAAGCAAUAAUAAUUUUCACGCUUUAGAUACGCCUGUUCUUUUUUCCAGAUACUUGGAUGAGAUGAGACAAUGUGGGUAGGUUGAUUUUUUAUUAGAAUUGUUGGGCGUGUUGGUUUGUUUGUUGGAUUUGAAAAUUAAAGUUUGAGUUUUGAAAACCUUUGGAUUUAUGAUGUAUUUGAAAGAAUUCAUUGUUUGUUUAGUUGAUUUAAAGGCUUUUACAUCAUGGGUCAAAAUUUUGCCUUCCAUAACCAAAUACAAAACGAAAUGUUGCAAAUACGUGGGUUUUUGGAUUCGAAUCUAAAAAAUUAUCUAAAUCCAUGGAUCCCACGGAUUUUUAUACCUCAACAAACAAUGUAUUAGUGUUGUUUGGGAUUUGAUUGCCAAAUCAAUCACUCAAAUCACUCGAGCAAACCAUACUACAUAAAUAGACCUCAUAUUUUUAUCUAAACUAACUACGACAAAAUCUUUUGGAGAGGAUACCCAAAAAUAAAUCCGUGUAGGUGUGGCUUAAAGCAGAAAAUUAUUAAUGAAUGUUUGAAAAUAAUUGGAAAGUAUUGAGUUUAUGAAGACUAAAUAGAGAAAGUUUAGUAUUUGAUGAAAAAAAGGAGAAUUAAAACUAACCACGAAAAAACUAGCCAAUUGGAAAUGACGGGGGCAGUCAUUUACAAAUGACUCAAUUGUGUCCUUUGGGGAUGAGUCGUAGACAAAUGACUCUUUGCUAUACUGUUAAUCAACCAAUUUUCGGUAUUGUUGAAAUUAAUAAUAUUUUCCUAUUUGAGCCAAACAUGUAUAGAUUUAUCUUUGGGUGUCCUUUUCAAAAGAUCUUGUACUACAUUAGUGAUUUCUCUUGUAUUUUCGAUAUGAUAUUUGGAUUGUACCAUAACAAUUAAAUGUCACGUAUUAAUGAGUUUGGAUUUUGGUGGAGACUAAUAUACAUGAGUAUUUUUCUUUCCCUUAUAUUUUUUUUAUGUGGUACGUGGAAGCUAUUUACGCUCACAACGGUUAGGCGAUUGAGGCUCUAGGCAAGACCAACACGUUUGCCAUAUGCCUACUGUUUUCUUGGACCUUGGUUAUUACCAAGCUUAGGCCAAGUUUAUGAGUUGAAUAUUUUGUAAUUUGUGGAAAAUUGCCAAUAUCAAUAUUAUAAAAUAAAGGUUUAAUAUACUUGUAUAUCCAAAACUUUCACGGUUGUGCCAAUAAUAUCCAAAUUUUCUGAAAUACCACUUAUAUCCAUGUUUUAAAGUUGUUCUUAUUUUUGGUUAAAUACACUUGUAUAUCCAAAAACAUCUUUAAAGAAUGAGAAGGAAUUGGAUAUAAGUGGUAUUUCGGGAAAUUUGUAUAUUAUUGGCACAACCGUGAAAGUUUUGGAUAUACAAGUGUAUUUAACCUAAAAUAAAUGAUUCACCUUAUUUAUGGAUUAAGCAUUGUUUAGAUUGAAAAUUUCGUCAUUUUAAUUUUUUUUAACUAUUGAAUUUAUGUGAUCAUAUGAAAUAUUUGUUGUAAACCAACCGGAUUCACCCAACCACCCAUCAUCCGCAAUCACUCACCCACCCCACCCACAUGUAAUGCUUGGAUGGGUGUGGUGAUUUUCUCCUUCACCCACCAUAUAGUGGGCGGUUCCCAACCCACCACAAAUCCGCAUAAAACCACCCACAUGUAAUGCUUGGGUGGUUGGGUGCGGUAACUUCUUUUGCUUAUGGUGGCUUCGUCAUCGUCUGUCUCAAUCAAAGUGUUCGGACCAA